AUGGAAGAGAGAGAGGACGUGGAGAUCGUCGGCGUCCCAGUGGAGGGUGUGGAGUACGUGGAAGUCGUUGGUGUCCCAGUGGAUGUAGGGGAUGAUGUGGAAGGAGUGGAGGUGGUGGAGGACAUGGAAUUUGUCGAGGCCCUGAUGGAAGGUGUGGAGGAAGUGGAGGACGAGGUAGUCCAGAUGGAAGUGGUGGAGGACGAGGUGGUCCAGAUGGAAGUGGUGGAGGACGUGGAAUUUGUUGAGGUUCAGAUGGACGGAGGGGAUGACGUGGAAGUGGUAGAAGUCCAGAUGGACGGAGGGGAGGACGUAGAAGUGGUAGAAGUGCAGAUGGACGAAGUGCAAGCGGAACUGGAGUUUGUGGACAUGCUCGACGAGUUGCAGCCAGACGUCGACGAAGAGUUCCGACCACUUGCCGUGGGUGAACAACCCCGAGGGCGUACGCCAAUAAUUGACAGGCCGGCAGGCGUGACACACCCGCUUCCAGAGCAGCACAACGCGGGCGCGUUAAACAGAAUCUGCACACAGUGUAACGCCCGCCACUUCGAAGGCGAGGUUGUGGGCCGGGAUGCCAAUAUGCACUUCUCCACUUGCUGUAACAACGGUCAAGUGACCGCUGCAGGACAACACGCGUUGUUGCCCGCCCCUUUUUUACUAAUGAGUUUGUUGAUUGGAGAUUCACAGGAUGGUCGUAGAUUCCGAGACGACAUUCGCCGGUACAACAACGCCCUGGCAUUCGCUGCGUUUAGCUGUGGCACAGACGACAGGCGUUUGCGAGGGCGUGGACCGCGAACGAUGUGUAUCCAAGGCCAAACUUAUCAGAGGAUAAAUAAUGACGUGGCCGUUGACAGAGUAGAUGCCAACUACUGUCAGUUGUAUUUCCUCGAGUCCGCAGAGGCCAAUGCCCGCCGCGUUGGGAUGGCUCUGCAGAGAAAUCAUCGUGAACUGUCCGUAGUUGUGAUGGGACUAUUGGACGGUUUUCUGCGAGACGUAAAUCCGUACGCAAUGGCUUUUAAGAACAUGCGUGAGGUGUGGCUGGCAGAAAGAGACCUAGCCGACGCCGAUCCCGCAGGUGUGCGACCUAGGCCAGUGACGAUGCAUUUUGUCCGAGAUGCGGCCCGGGACGACGGGCGAAACAACCUGCCUACCGCAAACGAAGUUGCGGCCGUGUUCGUAGGUGAAGGGGGUCGUCCGCCAAGAGACAUUAAUCUGGUCAUCUACGAUACGAAUCCAAUCAACCCGCAACACAGGAUGCAAACCAUACCAGCGGGGUCGUGUCACUCGGAUCCGAUGUUGUAUCCGCUGUUUUUCCCGUACGGCGAGGCCGGUUGGCAUAACGGGAUGUUGCAAGCGGGCAACCGACGAAACAAUGUCCGCAAUCGCAACAGUAUCAGAGAGUUUGCGUGCUACCGUUUGGCUUUUGUUACAUCAAACUUGCCGUCGACGUUCACGGGUAGCGACCGAUUCAACAAGAUGAAUUAUCAAGACGCCAUCACCGUAGUGCGUACCAAAGGGAAACCCGACCUGUUCAUAACGUUUACGUGCAACCCCAGGUGGCCAGAGAUCACUGAAAACCUGGCUGCCCACAGCACGGCAAGCGACAGGCCGGACCUGGUGGCCAGAGUGUUCAACAGGAAGCUACAGGAGCUAAUAGAAACGUGGUCUGCCCCAUGCGCAUAUACUGAUAAUCCUGGCGGAGGACUGUAA